AUGGAGGAGUACGCACGUGAUCCAUGUCCCUGGAGAAUUGUUGAUGAUUGUGGUGGUGCCUUUUCCAUGGGUGCGAUUGGGGGCUCUGUUUUCCAUGGAAUAAAAGGUUUCAGAAAUGCUCCUAGUGGACACUACAGACGUCUGAUUGGCAGCUUUGUAUCAAUCAAAGAGAGGGCACCUAUCACGGGCGGUAACUUUGCAGUAUGGGGAGGACUUUUCUCAGCAAUUGAUUGUUCAUUAGUUUAUAUUAGAAAGAAGGAGGAUCCCUGGAACUCAAUCACGAGUGGUGCCCUAACUGGAGCUGUACUUUCAGUGCGCAAUGGUGCUGGUGCCAUGGUAGGUUCAGCAAUCAUUGGAGGUGUGCUACUUGCUCUUAUUGAAGGAGUUGGAAUCUUAUUUACCAGAUUUUCAGCAGAACAGUUUAAUCCUGCAAACAGAGUGAUAAUGGAGGACCCAUCACAGUUAUCAUCCAAGCCCAUAUUUGGAAAUUCCUACCAAUAA